AUGAGGUUUGCAUCAUUCUUCUCCCUUGUCCUCCUCAGCGAGGCAGUCGGCCGUGUCUCAGGCAACAGCUGCCUGGACCAGGUCUCCGCGAACACGAUGGCGGUGUUCAGCGGCGCCCCGUUCGCGCUGGCCACUCGGUACGACAACGGGUCGGCCUGCGCUGGCUACUGCGAUGGCCUGGCGGAGUGCCACGCGUGGCUGUACAGCGCGCGAGGCGGCGACUGCCAGCUCUACAAGAAGACCGCCCUCUCCACGUUCCCGUCCCAGCAUUUCAUGUAUGGUGUCUGCAGUAGUGGUGGUCGUCGCCGGCCGUCGGCGACGGCUGCUUCUACUACUGCCAGUUCAGCCGUGGUCGUGGUGGUUGGGUCGCCUACGAGCUCUGAUAUCGGUGUUCCCACGCCGCCGGCGCUCUCAGUGGCGAGUGGUAGCAGCACUGGUAAUGCUUUGAGUAGAAAGCACCUCGACAACCACCGUCACCACCACCAUGGUCAUCGGCAUUGA